UCAUAAAAUUCCAGCUCACUAUAAAAGGCGGGUCCUGCUCUCCACUCUGCACUCUACCAUUCAAUAUCAGGCUGGCUAAUGGAAGAUAAGUGACCAUUUUGUAUUUAUUUUUUGUCAUCCAGCGCCUCGGUGUUUUAAAUGCCCUGAAUUGUUUUCUUUUCCCCCAGAUAUAAAUACUAAAAUAAUAAUAAUAAUAAUAAUGCACCCGGAUUCCAGCGCUGAGUUCGAUUCCUCGUCCAGCUGCAGCACAGCAUCGCCUGGCGGGGACACCCCAGGGUGCAGCAUGCAUCCGUCUGACUCGCUUUCAUCAGCAGCUGAGGAUGUCGACAGCGGUGAUUCAGACUGUCUUGUCCCCACUGUAAGUGCGCUCUCGUCGGAUGUGAAGUGCACGCUGCAGCCUACCCUGGUCCCCUUUGUCUCUCGGGGAAAACGUAAAGGUGGGAGCAAGAAGGCGAAGCCCCCCAGCGGUAGGAAAGGGCAGAAAGAGCAGCCUUCCAAAGAAGAGGAGGAGAGGAGGAGGAUUAGGAGGGAGAGGAACAAAAUUGCUGCAGCAAAGUGCCGGAACAGGCGGAGGGAGCUGAUAGACACCCUGCAAGCUGAAACUGACCAGCUAGAGGAAGAGAAGUCCAGUCUCCAGUCAGACAUAGAAGAGCUCCUGAAGGAAAAGGAGAGGCUGGAGCAGGUCUUGGCCUCGCAUGAGUCGUCCUGCAAACUCCAGCAAACUGAAGAGCAGGGCGAGGAGGAUGCAACGAUGCUGCAGGAUGCACCAGCUUCCCCACAGAUGCUGCCUGAAAGCACCACAGGUCAAGAAACAGACCCCUGUAUCCCAGCAGCGGCCAUCUUGGGCAACUCCAACAUCCUCCUGUGCUCGAGCGCUGAUGAAGCAGCAGCCCUGGAGGACCUAAAGGAUGAUCUGGAUGACCUGGUGCCCAGCCUAGAGAUGGAGGAGGUGACAUCCGAGGUGGCCGGUGCCGCGUUCGUCCCCGACAUCAUGGACCUGAGCGGGCCCCUCUGCCUCCCCGACUGGGAAACCCUGUACAAGUCUGUGGCCGGUGACCUUGAAUGUCUGCCGUCUUCCAGCCCCGCUUGCAACUACCGGAGCGUCUUUUCCUUCAACCUCUCAGAGAUGGAUGCCUUGGCGGAGGGUGAUGAGGCUCUCAAAGGCGGUCUUGCCGCGUCAGAGUUCAUAAUGGAUGGUCUCAACUCUCCAACACUGCUGGCAUUGUGAAUGCAAAGAGGGUUUAUAUGCAAUGAUGCUCACAUUGUAUCCUAACCAUGAGACGAUGAAUCUGUUUUUUUGUUGUUGCUGUUGUGUAUAUGUUUACUGUUUUAUGGCAGGGUUGACUUCUUCCAUUCUGAUGGUGCAAGUGUCUGGAGUGAGAAAACAUGCAUGCAAAAAGACAACUUGUGUUUUAUCCCUUAAAUGUAAUGUGAAGACGUGCUGUAAACAAACGUGUGGUUUAAUGAAUAAUAAAUACAUCAUAGCAGGGUUCCUAAUGUGUAGCAAUUAGAUGUUCCAGCAAUUUCCAUGAAAAUGUUGCUCCAUCUAUUUUGAGACGUAUUUUAUCAUAUUGUUUAUUUUUAUACCAAAUAUAUCAGAUGCAAAGAAAAAAAUAAAAUAAAAAAGUGGCAUUAAAACAUUUGUUGAUGUCAUAGUUAUUUCUGGAAGCAAGAUUGUAUAAAAAUAGACGAGCAAAACCUGUAAAAAAUAUAUAUUA